CUGUCCGCCGCCGCCGCCGCCAUGGCGCCGCUGCGCUUCUCUGCCAACCUGUCGUGGCUUUUCCCCGAGCUGCCGGGGCUGAGCCAGCGGCUGCGGGCGGCGGGUGGCGCCGGCUUCCCGGCCGUGGAGAUGGCCUGGCCCUACGGGGAGGCCGCGGGGGAGCUGGCCCAGGCCGCCGCCCGCGAGGGAGUGCGGGUGGUGCUCAUCAACACCCCCCCGGGAGAGCAGGAAAAGCAGGAAUUGGGUCUGGGGGCAGUGCCCGGCCAGCAGGGUGCCUUCCGGAAGGGCCUGGACCAGGCCGUGCAGUAUGCCCGGGCGCUGGGCUGCCCCAGGAUCCACCUGAUGGCAGGGCGGGUGCCAGUGGGGGCAGAGCGGGCCGCGGUGAUGGCAGAGAUGGAGCGUGUCUUUGUGGAAAACCUGAAGUACGCUGCUGACCUGCUGGCCCAGGAGAACAUCGUGGGACUGUUAGAACCAAUCAACACCCGGCUCACUGACCCCCGCUAUUUCCUGGACACCCCCCAGCAGGCGGCUGCCAUCCUGCAGAAGGUCGGACGGCCCAACCUGCAACUACAGAUGGAUGUGUUCCAUUGGCAGAUCAUGGAUGGAAACCUGACGGGAAACCUACGAGAAUUCCUGCCUCUCAUCGGCCACAUCCAGAUCGCUCAGGUGCCUGGGAGACACGAACCAGACAGUCCCGGGGAGCUGAACUUUCCUUACCUGUUCCAGCUGCUGGAAGAUGAAGGCUACAAAGGCUACGUGGGCUGCGAGUACUCCCCACUUGGAGACACGCUGGAGGGCCUGGGCUGGCUGCACUCCUACUGGGAAACCCGGGGUCUCCAGCCCAAGGGGCAGUGAGGUUGCCUGCCAAGUGGAGCCCUCACCAGGAGGCAAGGCCAAGGGACCCUUCUUUCCCCGCAUCUUCUGGUGGGGUAGGGAACUGGGGCUCUUGUCAGGAUCCAAAUUUGACAAUAAAGACUUUGCCCCAACUUGA